GAGGGCGAUAAAAGCCCCUCCCUCGGGGCCGGCCUCUCCUUUUCCGUUUCCGGUCGCGGCUGUGGGAGGACAGAGAACAGGAGGCCGCGUGUUUGCCGGGAGGACUCUGCACAAUGUCGGCCCAUCUGCAAUGGAUGAUUGUGCGCAACUGCUCAAGUUUCCUCAUCAAAAGGAACAAGCAAACGUACAGCAUGGAACCCAACAACCUUAAAGCCCGCAACUCCUUUCGCUACAAUGGACUGAUCCAUCGUAAGACGGUUGGGGUGGAGCCAGCUGCUGAUGGGAAAGGCAUCGUUGUGGUCCUGAAGAAGCGUGCAGGUCAGCGGAAGCCAGCAACUUCUUAUGAGAAGAUCACCAUCAACAAAAAUGCACGUGCCACUCUCAGCAGUCUCCGCCACAUCAUCCGCAAGAACAACUACCGCAAGGACCUGCGCAUGGCUGCCUUGCGUCGCGCCAGUGCAAUUCUACGCAGCCAGAAGCCAGUGGUGGUGAAGAAGAAGCGGACCAGGGCUACUAAAGCUGCAUAAACAGUGGCCAGAUUUUCCAAUAAAGGCUCAGAACUAGAUUA